AUGAGCCUUAUUGCCCACUCUGUGCUGCAGGUCCAGAAUGCCCAGCCACUAGUGGACACCCACCCACCACAGACUUACGGCCACCUCCACCUAAAGCUCAAGAAGCUGAAGAUGGAGGAAGAAAGACUCUCCGUCAUCGACAGAGAAAACAUCCUACUUCUGCGGAGGGUAGCCUCUGCCAUGACAACGAGGGGACAGACUGACAGCAGCAAUAACUUCACACACAGAAGGUAA